GCGCGAGCGAGCCGCACAGAGCGCAUGCGUUGGGGCGGGCGAGCAAGCAAGCACGCCAGAGUGGUUAAGGUGAUGGACCGUUGAGUCCAUCACCUAGGGUGAUAAAUAGAUCUACCAUAUAUAUAUAUAUAUAUUAUCAUUUAUUUGAAUAUAGACAUAAAAUUUAAGGGCUAGAACGUCUAUUAAUUUGGGAUAGAGUAUUUGCUAGUGUUCUCUAUUGUUUCUCUUGGCACAAUUGGAAACUUGAGCAAAACAAUUGGUUUUGGGAAUGGAUCAGGUGCAAACCAUGCAAGCCGUCAUGAUGAUUUUACAAAACAACCCUCCCACCGUGUAUCCGUUUUCAAAACGACCAUUCCAUUUCCCCUGUUACAUUUUUAAAUUUACCUUGCACCUUCACCAACAUGUUGGUUUGCAUCUGGUCCGUUCCUAUUGGUUUAAGGCUUUGUUUGACAUUAGAAUGGCUCGAGUUUAUUUUUUGUGUUAUUACUUUGAUUUUUGUUGAAGCACCAAUUUUCUUGGAACCAUAUUGUCAAAAUCUGAUAUUUUCAUGUACUCUUUGCUGUUCAACUUUUGAAGCUGUUCUUAAAAUAAUUUUAUUUUCGAGAUGGCUUUUCUUAUCGUCUUGCUUGAAAGGCUUUAGUUCUGCAACCCAUCGUUGAAGAUGAUGGCUGCUUGUACUUUCAUCUGAACUCAGCAACAUCAUUCAUGAAUAUGGGAGGAGUAUAUUUUUAGAAUUAUUGGGAAGACUUUGUUGUGACCCUCGUCUCACUUUCAGUCUCACCGCAUUCGGUCAUGCUCUCCAGAAUUGUUGCAGUUUAAGAAAUAGCUGUAUCUUGACCAUGUAAUAUGUGAGCCUAGGUGGAAAAUCAUUUUACCUAAUUGCAAUUCUUUAUUGUCAUGGGCUUGCUGUACAACGAAGACCGUGUGGGUCAUAUUCUAUUCUUGGUCACAACAUUCCGAUAUGAAAGGGCGGCAGUUGGAAUGCAUCUAAGGCCAACGGUGGCACUGUAUGCUUGGUGCACCGUCAGCUGAAUAGGACGGCCAUAAGCCAUCACAUCUUGAUGUUGGUUUUUGCCGUACGUUCCUUCUCCUCUAGCAAUUACCUCGCCGUCCACGUCUACGAUGCCACCCCUUUUGGGGUUCUCAACAAGCUGGCCUGGUGAUAAUCGAAAAGAUCUCACCUGCAGCACCGUUUAUUAAACUGUAAUGUCUUGAUACUGAUAUGCUAUUAAAUUAAGAAAAGAUGAAAGUCCUGAAUUAAUCAGAUAAACUAAUCAUGCUGCACUGACAAUAAGACAUAAGUUGAGGUUGCAACGUCCUAAACUUAUAGAUUAUGGUGCAUGCGCAGCACAGAUGAGAGAAACGAUCAUGUUGGCGCGCAUAUUUCUUUCACUGCAGCAAACUUGGCGCGUAUAUUUCUGCCAUAUGGAAAUGCGUAGUGCGUAGUUCCCUUUCCAUGCAGCAUGUACGCUUUGUCCGCGCUAAUUUCCGUGCACAUCUUUUAUGGGCCUUGUUUUAUGGGAUGAAGUCACGUACGUUGGUAAAACUACUUUCAAUAGUUUUAAGGGGCAAGAUGUAUGAUUUUGUAUGUGACUACGUGAGGGAUGAAGUAGCCAAAUGCCUAUUAUGUGUAGGGUUUUUUUUUGUAGAGAAAUAUGUUUUACACAGGGUUUUCCUCAUGAAACGGCUGCUUUCAAGGAUCGAGGAAUUGUUUACCACACCAAAUUACAUGUAGUUUUUUUUUUUCCAAAGUGAAUGGACGUGCGAGACGUGUAAUCUUCACCACUGAUUCUGUCUUGAAUUGAGACGCGGACAUUCUCUGUCUUCUGACCACCAAGGAAUGGUAUGUGCACGGAGAAAUUUGGAACCGAGCCAUUAUGAAACGUGGGAUUCGUUAGUUUGCCAUCAAGUGAGUGGGUUUCGACUGGAUACCAUUAUGAACAAUUACUUACCUGCUAUAAUGCCAUUUGGCCAUCUAACCAACACUAAAACAGGUUUUAAUCUAAUCACAGGAAACGAUCGGACAGGUUUGCCCUCGGCAUCAAAUGUACUUUCUCGUUCUUUCCAGGUCACACGUUUCUUUUCCUGUGACCGCGCACAAGGGAGAUAGAGAUUCUUCUCCCCGUCGAGCUCGAGCUCCCGGUGGCGCGCCGCCGAGCCCCUUUCCCACGCUCGCCCUGUCCGUUCCCCCCUCCACGCCUGCAGGACGCUUGCGUUGGCACUCUCUGGUCCUCGCGCCGCCUCCUGGAGUCGGUCAUCGUUCGGCUGCCGCCCAGAAGCUCUCCACCGCCGGCGUCGUCGAUGCCCUCCACCUCGGGCGCUCCUCCUGCAACAGCUGUUAUAGAAGAAAGGGAGAAAGAAGGUAGUUUUGAGAUGGAGUCCUUCUUAAUUGAUGAUUUCCAUGGCAUUGAUGAUGAGCCUUUAGCAAUUGUAGAAGCUCCUAUUCGACAUGAUCAGCAACUAGCUGCUAUUGAUUGGGACACACUACAUAUUUUUGAUAGUACAGAUGAAGAAGGAAGGAUAGAAAUAGUUGAUGAUAACCAAAUGUAUGUGCUAUUGGGGCUAAGAGAUGAGGAUGACGCUGCCGAGAAGGGUAGGGAAACUUCUGAACAGGCAGAUAGUGCACGUGCUGCUAGUGGCAAUGUCUCCUUUGUCGACAAUGACACUCUUGGUGCAGCCAUCCCUGUUAAUGAUGACAUACCAGGGGAAAGGGUGGUGGUGCAUGAUCCGGAUAAUCCUUGUAUGGAUAUUGGAACUGUGUACCCGAGCAUGCGUGAAUUUAGGUUGGCUAUGCGCCAGUUUGCUAUAAAUGAAGAGUUUGAGUUGCAAAUCGUGAAAACCGACCCGAGUCGAUUUAUUGGUGAUUGCAAAGGGGAGGAUUGCCCUUGGCAUAUCGUGGGUCGUAGGCAACCCGAUGGGAAGACUGUUAUGGUACUUAUUGUCCUUCGUUUAUGUAACGUUGUAAAUUGUCCUUCGUUUAUGUGGUUACUAAUUGUUUUUUUUUGGUUGUGUUGUAGGUGA